GAGUCACCUGUCAGUGAGCGACUGCCAGGGUUCCUUCACGCUUACAUCUAUCACUGUAGAGACACAGUUCUGCAGACAUGACAGCGGUACCUCCGACGAGUUCUAAAGACAAGACAGCGGAACCUCCGAUGAGUUCUAAAGACAAGACAGCGGAACCUCUGAUGAGUUCUGCAGACAUGACAGAUGCAGCUCCGACGAGUUCUGUGAACAAGAUGGUUAAAGAAUCUAACUUGAAGGGCUUGAACCUCCACUGUGUGACCAACAACUUCUUACACCACACCAGUGAGAUCUCCUUGACGGAGCUGUUUGUGAGGCGAGGUCUAGCCUUCACUCUGACCCUCACACUGUCGCAGCCUUUCAAACCUGAACUUUACCCGCUCACCAUGGUCGCAAUGACAGGUCUAGCUACAUCCGAGGAACAAGGCACAAUUUCGUACUUUGGUAUCCCCGACAGGGUGAAUCGUUCACCAUCAGCAAAGGCAGUGUGGAAGGUAACGCUUGAGAAGGAGAAGUCCUCCCCAGAGAAAGGCGUCUUGGUUCUAAACAUCACCCCCCCGGCUAACGCCCCCAUAGGAGAGUAUAAACUCACUGCGAAAUACAGGGAUGAGGAAAUGUUGCUGGCAAUGCCGACGGUGUUCUUCAACCCCUGGUGUCCUGAUGACACGGUCUAUCUACCUGACGUGAAGGAAAGACAAGAGUAUGUGAUGAAUGAACACGGAAUCAUCUACAAAGGAAGUGGAAACUACAUCUCCUCCCAGAAGUGGGACUUCGGACAGUUUGAGGACGACAUGGUGAGGAUUUGCAUGAAGAUACUGGACCUCAACCACAAACACUUUGAAAACCCAGCUGAAGAUACCUGUAGUCGCUCUGAUCCCGUCUACGUCGGCCGUGUGAUCAGCGCCAUGAUCAACUGUGAAGACGACCAUGGCGUCCUGUUUGGAAAGUGGGGGGGUUCGUUUUACGAUGGGUAUAAACCCUCUCACUGGACCGGCAGCCACGCCAUCCUCAAACGCUGGUACGACUCUGAUUGCCGCCCGGUCAGAUACGGCCAGUGCUGGGUGUUUGCUGGCGUGAUGUGUUCAGUGAUGCGUCUGCUGGGCAUCCCCUGCCGCGUGGUUACCAACUUCUCGUCAGCCCACGACACUAACAGCAACCUGACCAUCGACGUGUACCACGCAGACUACGGUGUCGCAGAGAAACCUUCUCCUGACAGUGUUUGGAACUUCCAUGUGUGGGUGGAGGGGUGGAUGAAACGUCCAGACCUGGAGGAAGGUGAUAAGUACGACGGCUGGCAAGUUCUGGAUCCGACGCCACAGGAGAUGAGCAACGGUGUUUACUGCUGCGGUCCAGCCUCAGUCAAAGCCAUCCGGAGCGGAAACAUCGACCUCAAGUACGACAUCCCGUUCGUCUUCGCUGAGGUCAACGCGGACUGUGUGGACUGGCUGCUCAAAGCUGACGGCUCGAAAAUAAAGAUCUUCUCCGACACCAAGAGAGUCGGCUUGAACAUCUCCACCAAGUCUGUCGGCUUGAACAAGAGGAGGAACAUCACCGACACCUACAAGCACAGGGAGGGGACCCCCAAGGAGAGGAAUGUCUUCAAGUACGCCCUCACCAGAGACUUCACCUUAGACGAGGAGGAGGACAUGGAUUAUGAAGAGGAGGGGGAGAGCGGGUCAGAGACGGAGAACGAGACAGCAACGGAGAUUGACACAGGAGCAGAGAAUGGGACGGGAGGAGCAGGUGAAGAGAAGGAGGGGAACGAGGCGGUGAUCGAUACCUCGGGAGGAGCAGGUGAGGUCGUCCCGGAGGUCAUUGCUCCGCUCCCCGAGGUGUGCAUUCGAUUUGAGGAGUUGUCCAAACCAAUGAACGGGAAGGACAUGAGCAUGAAGCUGUUGCUGCACAGCAAGUGCACUUUCUCCAGGCCGCUGUCCAUCAACAUCAACGUCCAGGCCAUGGGCUACAACGGCUCCUCGGCCGGGAGCAUCCAGUCCGAGGUGAAGAAGGAGACGCUGCAGCCUGGGAAAGAACUGUCCGUCCCCAUCCUGGUCCCGUUCUCGGCCUACCACAAGCUCAUGGUGGAGUCUGACAGCAUGAAGGUUACAGCCAUGGUCCAUGACAAAGACAAGAUGGACCAAGUCUACCUGGCGGAGAAUGACAUUGUGCUGAUGGAUCCUCCUUUCACCAUAAAAGUUCCCAAGAAAACCAAACUGCACCAAGAAACCAGUGGAGUAUUGAUUUUCAAGAACCCGGCAAACGAGACGCUGACGGGAUGCACACUGACUCUGUCUGGAAGUGGAAUAUUUAAAAAGGAGGAGGAAUGCAAGCUCCAGGACCUGGGACCAAAACACCAGUUCCGUAUCAAGUUCUUCUUUUAUCCCUACAAGAAGGGAAAGAAGACGAUCAUGGCCAACUUCGACUGCUCCACCUUCAGGGACAUCCAGGCCACCUGCAAGAUCAAAGUCAAAAAGUAACGUCUCAACUCCGCAGAGUCUCGUUCAAACAGCUAAAACCUCUUUUUCCUCACAGUUGUUUUAUAUUUGCAGAAGAUUUAUUGAGCUCAUGUUCAGGUUUGUUCUGGGUCAGAUGUCUUCGCUACAACAGGAACUAUUCUUCAUCUGUCCCGUGUCACUAACGUUAUCAAACACACACACACACACUCUCGCUCGCUGUGAAUGUUCCGGACAUUCCUCCGCUAUUUCAGGAAAAUGUCUGGAGUUCAGUGCGGCUCUGAAAACAGCUUCAUACCAAACGAGAGGAGAGAAACCCUGAAGAAGCAUCAAUAAUCUCCUGUUCAAGGACAGGAGGUAUCACACAGUCUCUGGGGUUUAAUGCAUCACAUUCGUUACUUGGUUUAACUUCGUUCAGUGACCUUUAUAAGAGAGAUAACAAAUGUGUGUUUCUCAGUCAAAUGUCAGUGCAGGGUACAAAAGGUUUUCAACAAAACGCUGUGAACUUUACUCAGAACCAAGGUGCUUUCUCGCAGCUUUGCAUUAUACACUUUUAUAUGGUAUAGCCCGGUGAUGGACCACUGCUUAAAAAAGAAGAAAAACGAGAAAGAUGCCAAACAUAUGACACAUAAAACAUUUAAAUGUAUCUAUUUAAAUACGUUGAUUUCUUUUUAGGUCUGACUUUGAUCCCAGCUGGUUUUUGAAGUCUGAUUCUGAAAGUAGAUUCUCAUCAGAAUCUUUAAAUUUGUUUGAACAAAGUUACUCAGUCGUUUUACUCUUGAAGAGAAAUCUCCUGCAGGGAUCUCCGGGUAACAGCGGCCUCUGCUGGACAGACAGAAGACAAACUCUUCAUUCUCCAAAAUAGAAACCGAACAACUGCUGCUCCCUGUCUCAUGACGCGUUCAGGAAAACAUGGUAGAAAAGGGUUUCAACUCAGGGGUGAAGCAGGUUGUCUCUUAUCGAAGAUUUCAGGCCAAGUCAAGUCAACAACACAACCGCUGGUGACCGAAUAAAUGAAUAAAUCUUCAAACGUACAAGGGAUAUUCACCAUCUUGUCCUUUAUUCUAAAAUGUAGACACAAUGGGAAAUGUUCAUGUUUUUUUUGUGUUUCCACGGUGCUUUGCCACGGAGAGUUUUUCUUUCUCUUGUUGGAGGUCAAUAAAGAUCUGAAGUGAAAAGAGUC